UUGGCUAUUCAAAAUUUUCAAACACAAGAACCAUAUAAUUGCCAGUUGGGUCCCAGCAAUUUUAUAAACUAUCAACACAAGAUAAAACGCAAGGAGCCUGGAAGCAGAUCAAGAUCUGUUUAGAAAAGGAGGAACUUAGAAACCAGUUCUGUUUCAGUUCUUUUGCAGCAGGAUUAAGCAGAAAAUAGUAGGAAGAACAGGCAAAGGAAGAAUUAGAGGUGCUGGUGGGUGAGGGAGAAGAAAAAAUUCCUGAUCAAGGAAGUGUGUUGAUGGGUGUUGCAGCUACUAUUGGGAAAUACCAGCUUGGUAGAACCAUUGGUGAAGGCACCUUUGCCAAGGUUAAACUAGCUUUCGACACGGUUACACGGCAGCAUGUUGCAGUCAAGAUCAUAGAUAAGGAGAUGGUCAUCAAAAACAAGCUAAUGGAUCAGGUAAAGAGAGAGAUAAGUACAAUGAAGCUACUGCAUCACCCCAACAUUGUCCAAAUUUACGAGGUUACUGCCACCAAGACCAAAAUCUACAUAAUAAUGGAAUAUGUUCCGGGAGGCAACCUCUCGGACAAGUUGUCAUAUAUCAAAAAAUUUGACGAACGGGAAGCUAGGAAAUACUUCCAGCAGUUGAUUGAUGCAGUGGACUACUGUCAUAGUAGGGGUGUUUAUCACAGAGAUCUGAAACCUGAAAACCUGCUACUGGAUGGAAAAGGAAAUUUGAAAGUAUCAGACUUUGGACUCAGUGCCUUGCGGAAGCCUGGGGACUUGCUAUCCACCACUUGUGGCUCUCCAUGCUAUGUAGCUCCUGAGGUAAUUGUCAACAAGAUGUACGAUGGAGCAACUGCAGAUAUUUGGUCAUGUGGAGUAAUCUUGUUCGAACUACUUGCUUGUCAUCUACCCUUUGAUGACCGUAACCUAAUGAACUUGUACAGGAAGAUAUCCAGAGCGGAGUACACAUGUCCAGAGUGGUUUACAGCAAGCCAAAGGAAACUUCUUUUCAGGAUACUUAACCCAAUGCCUGAAUGGCGGAUGACAGUAGCAGAGAUUCUAGAAGAUAAGUGGUUCCGAACUAGCUAUGAGCCUUCUAGAGGAAUUGAAUGCGAAAUUAGCUUGGAUGAUGUUGCAGCAUUUGAUGGGAUUGGGGGAAAAAACGACGAGACAGGGAUGCCCAAAUCCUCAAGUUUCAUCAAUGCUUUCCAGCUUAUAGCAAUGUCCAGUUACCUUGAUUUGUCAGGUCUCUUUGAAGAACAGGAUGAGGACAAACAAAGAACAAGGCUUGGUUCCAAGCAUUCAAUUAAUGAGACAAUAGAGAAAAUUGAAGUUGCUGCAAAAGAUGUCAGCCUCUCAGUUAAAAGGAUGAACAUUUCAAAGGUGAAAAUUCAUCAGAAACAGAAUUUGACAAGGUGUUCUAGAUCAUAUUUCAACCUAUCAGCUGAGGUGAUCGAGGUGACACCCACAAAUUGUGUGAUACAAAUAUCAAAAUCUGCAGGGGAGCUCCGAGUGUACAAUGAGUUCUGCAAAAGCUUAUCAAAUACGCUGAUGGAGAACCCCAGUGAAGGAUCAGAAUCCCAUACUCCCAGAGCAGCCAUUAUUGAUGAUGGUAAACAGAAAGAAUGCAGUUCAGAAUGGGAAGAGAACAAUAUGGAUAAAGAAACUUGUGGCUACAAUACCUCCUGACAAACUGGCCUCUUGUCAGCCCAAAAAUCUUACUGAUUGUGAUCCCAGAUUGUUCAUUGAAAACAAAGAUGUAUAGCACAUGGAGGAACAACCCAUUCUUCAAAUAAGAGAACUGGAGCAACAUGAGAGAGAGAGAGAGAGAGAGAGAUUGACUAUUAAGAAACAUUAUUCAAGAUCUAGAUUCUUUUUUUAUUAAACAAAAAGGGAGCCGUUUGCAUAGCUCUUUGCUUGUUCCUAUAAUUUGACAUCUUGUAUAAAAAAAUUAUAGGAUAAAAGAAGUAAAUACUUCACAUAUUCCAAAGGGGUAGAUGUUUCAAGCCCACAAGAAGGCCAUGAUAUCCUCUAUCAAUAGUCAAACCCAUGAUACCAACUAUAGGGUGAUCCCAAUCAGCAUUGGGAGACCCAGAUUGGGAUCAGCUGGGACCAAUCCAGAUCAAUAGAUCACUGAUGCAGUUAAAUCGUUGGAUAUAAGGAUUUAUUUCUUUGGGUUAUUUUUUGUAAUUUUCUUUUAUCCUUUUAUCAUGUUGAUCGUGUCACCAAAAGGUAAGAGUCCAAUUAAAUUUGAAUUUGUUUUUUGUUUUUGACAAUGAUACAGUUGAUUCAAUUUCCUAUUCUAGUUUGAUCAUUAGCAGUCAAAUAUACUUGUAAACACUCCCAAAGAUUGGACAAUGGAAUGACAUUGAAAUUUUGUGGCUGUCGUGC